UUGUCACGUGGAUGUGUUAUACGAUUUGGUAUGUUUCUAGGAAAGGACGGCGAGAAGCAAAGUUUAUCGUGCACAACUAACAAUUAAUUUCGUGUCAUUUGUAUUUUUCUCUAUUCAGAGAUAUCAUAAAUUAAGAAGAGAUCGAUUUCAGCGUAUUUAAAUUUUUUUGCACAAGCAACUGACAAUUUUCUCCAAACGAAGAUCCGCAAGAGAUAGGCGUGGACAGUGCCUAGGCCAGUUUGUUUUGCUCUUAGACUUGGGAGGUUAUUGGAAGGUCGGAGCGAUCAGCUUAAAAAUUUCAAAGUGAGGACCAAAAAAGCUGAGUGCCAGCUUUGCUGUCGAAGAGGUGUAUCGCACUUUGGUGGUAUUCAAUGGUUAAGACAGAUUAGAAGAGGAUAUCAGGAUAUUUGGGAGGAAAGUACAAAUUCGAGGAGGCUGCAACAUCAUUCUUCAUUGGAAAUGUUUGGCAGCCCAACGUCAUUAUUAUAGGUGGUGAAAAGUUGACUCUUACUUUAGUAAGGCCAUUGUUGACAAACUGGCCACAAAGAACUAUCAAGCGAUGACUGAUGGCUAUGGUUCCUCUGGCCAUUUGCCUUUGUUUGGACCUGACAGUCCCAAGGAGAAAUACAUUAACUAUGCUUUGGGUGCAUUUGCAUCAGUUGCUGUUUUGGCAACUGUGAUUAGUUCAUUGACACAUCCGUUUCCACCAAAUGGCGUCCAUGUUUUCCUUUCAUUUGUUAUCAUAUUAAAUUGCAUUUCAAACUGCUUACUAAUUUACUGGUACAGAGAGGGUGAGCUGGACCCGAAAUUUAGAAACUUGAUUUAUUACAAUACAUUGGUAACCAUAUUGCUGUGUAUUGUAGCAUUUGUUAUAAUUUUUAAACACAAGAAAUAAUACACAGAAAUUCACUUUUCAUGUGAAUUAAUUGUUUUCAUUAUAUUUAUGAAUCUUUGUAGGGAAUAAAUUACUAUGGGUGAUAACUGUAAAGAAAUAUUUCUGUAAAAUUAAAACUUUCUGCAGUAGAAUGAGAAAGUUAAAGUAGAGCAUUUUCCCUUCAGCAGCCUAUAAUUUUUUUAAAUAAGGCUUGUUUGUC